UCAUUCACUCUCCACCGCACCGCACCGCACCGCGCCCUCGCCACCACGGCGCGUCGCGCCCCCGACGCGCCAGGUCGCCGCUCCCGUGUCGCGCCGCGCCGCGCCCCCACGGCCCCGGUACGCGCGCUCGCUCGUGCGACACGCCGAGGCCGAGGAGAGGAGACAGAGCAAGCGACAAAACGCGCAGGCGAUCCCAGAGCGCGCCGCGCCGCGGCCGUGUCGAUCCCAUCGAACACCUCCUCCUACAGGAGUCUCGAGGGCUACUUGUACACACACCCAUACUAGAGAAAGAAACAACGAGAGGAGAUACAGAGAUUGGGAGAGGUUAGCGAGAGAGGUUGGGCAGUAGCCAUCAUCAUCAUCAAUUCAUCUUCUCCAAAAAAAAUCAGAGUAGAAUCUCAUCACUCACGUACGUGCAGCUUCUCUCUCUUUCUCCUUCGCGCGCGUCGAUCGCUUUCUCGUCCCCAUCAUAAAGCAAAUGAUUCGUUCGCCUCGCCACCCUGCUUUAAUUCUCUUCUUCUCCUCCUCCUCCGCCGCCGCCGCCGCCGAAUCUUCCGGUAGCUAGAUCCCCUCGCCGGCGACGUGCUUGCGUUUCUUGGUGUCGUGACGAUCGGGGCGAUCCAUUUUGUUUCAGGUCAACGCCGGUGAUCCUCUCCGAUGGGGUCGUUCAAGGGGCACGUGCUGCCGGGGACGCUGUUCCUGGCGGUGGGGGCGUGGCACGUGUGGGCGGCGGCGGCGAGGUUCGCCGCCGACCCGCGCGGGUUCAGGCUGCGCGCCUGGAACCCCGUGGACGUCGGCGGCGGCGGCGCGCCGGCGUGGCUCCCCGCCCACCUCGAGCUCUACGUCAUUGCCGGCGGCGCCUUCCUCGACAUGUGCGUCGAGGUGCUCUACUCCACCCACCUCCACAUCUUCGCCGACGGCGGCAUCAACCCCGCCCACCUCAACGACCUCGAGCACGGCGGCAUGCUCCUCAUGUUCUUCCUCUUCGGCAUCCUCGCCCUCCUCUCCCAAAAAACCAGGUACCUGCCGUUGCCGGAGGGGGCGCUGUGCCUGGUGGCGUCGACGGCGUUCAUGGCGGAGCUCCUCCUCUUCUACUUCCACUCCACCACCCACCAGGGCCUCGAGGGCUACUACCACUACCUCCUCGUCGUCGUCGUCGCGCUCUGCGUCGCCACCACCGUGCUCGGCGCCCUCCUCCCCGCGAGCUUCCCCGUCGACAUCGCCAGCGGCGCCGCCAUCGCGCUCCAGGGCCUCUGGUUCUACCAGACGGCGUUCACGCUCUACGGGCCCUCGCUGCCGGCGGGCUGCCGCCGCGACGCCGACGGCCACAUCGACUGCCACACCCACGCCGCCCAGGAGCGCGCCGAGCAGCUCGCCAACUUCCAGCUGUUCGGCCUCGUCUUCCUCGUCUGCGCCUACGCGCUCGGGUGCUUCGCCGUCGCCGCGGCGAGGCACGGGCACCCCGACCUGGCCACGAUGCACGCCAAGCACGUCGCCGCCAUGGAGGCGCAGCUCGCCGGCGCCGGCGCCGGCGAGGGGGACAGGUUCGUCGGCUCUGCGCUGCCGCUGGAGGACACCGCGAUCUAAGUGAGCGGGCUCGCCGGCGACGUCGCUGUCCGUCGUCGCCGCCGUCUUCUUGGAUUUGGGUAUAGGAAGAGGAAGUAGAGUGCAUGUGACACGUGGCAGGGGCAGUUCAGAGUUCAGAAUUCGGAAUUUUCAGAUCAUGAAACGAUCGAAGAGUAGGAGGCUGCAGAUUAAUUGGGAUUAACCACAAUAGGGGAUACAAAAUUCAUGGAAACUUUGAUUUGAUCAGUUGCUUGAUUGAUCCUUUUUGUUGUGAUUACGUGAGGGUUUAUAUUUGGAUUACGAUUUUUCCUCUGAUCGGUGCAGAGGUUUUGUCUUGUACAUCAAAUUGGUUACUGGGUUAUGCAUACGACAGCAUUAUGGAUGAACAGCAUAUAAUUAGAAACUGUUUUUAGACA